AUGACUUCAGCGGACUUACAUCAGUCCUGGUAUUUAAGAAUAUGUGAAGAAUUUGAUGCUUUCUGUGACAAAGUCGAUGAGAAAAUAACAAAAGAGCAGCAACAGUUGAAAGCUUGUAAGAAGAGAACCGAAUUGGAGAACAAACUAGCUGUGGAACUUAAGUUAAAAUCAGAUCUUAAUCGUCAACUGGCUGAAUUGGAGCACAGAGGCAGUGAGCUGGACCGUGUGUGUGCUGCAUUUGAAUCACGUUUGACAAUAGCCGACAGCGAUCAGCAACGAUUGGAGAAUGCAAAGGAGACCUACCAGUUGGCUAAGGAGUUGACCGGAAUCAGAUUGGAUUUCAGCGCUCCACCGAAUGUGGCCAAAGGAUAUAUAAAGAAUGAAUCACACCGAGCCCUGGUACCGUUUGAUAUGCCGUUGGAUAGUGAAGCAUUAUGGAGACUGGCUGCUAACACACAUACACCCAAUAAUCAAAAUAUACCACCCAAUUGA